CACCCAAAGUCUGAAAACCUGGUUGGGGACCUGAUAUGUCUUCAUCAAGGUUACAAGAACAACCCAAUCUCACUCAAGAACGGCAGGGCAGAGUGAGAUAGGAAAGAGAGGCCCAUGAACAUUUCGGAGCUCCUGUUUUUGCUAUUCGGGUCUUUGCCUCUCAUUUUACACAAAGCCGAGGAGGAUCAAAACCCUAAACCCCCAAAUUGGAAAAUUGGAAUAGGAAGUAUUGGUCAUUGGUUUCAGCUGAGCACUGAGCAGAAAAGCUAUUCAUAUUCGGUGAGUCCAUUUCAGAGAAAGUUGAUUUCUUUGCUGCAAUUAUGUUUGGUUUUUGCUGUAAAAGAUUGCAAUUACUGCUUCCAAGUUUUAGCACUUCUGUUGAUUCAGUGACCCGUUUACAUUGCUUCCGCAAAGCAUCUCACUUUAGCCGAUCAUAUUCAUCCAAAUCAUUAUUAGGUAGUGAAAUAGAUAAACCCAAAGAGAAAGAUGGCUCUUUUACAGUUUCAUACCUUGUAAACUCAUGUGGGUUGUCACCAGAAGUUGCUCUCUCUUUGUCCAAGAAGAGGGUACACUUCAAAUCCAGAGAGAAACCAGACUCGGUUAUUAAGCUUCUGAAACACUACGGAUUCAAUGACACAUCCAUAUCCCAACUUGUUAAGAAAUUCCCAGAAGUGCUUGGGGUUAAACCUGAGAAGACCCUUUUGCCCAAACUAGAGUUUUUCAGUUCUAUUGGCCUCUCAGGCAUUGACAUUGCUCGGGCUCUUUGCAGCAACCCAAGUAUUUUGAAACGAAAUGUAGAUAGAAAUCUCAGGCCGUGUUAUGAUAUCAUCAAAAGUAUACUUGUUUCCGACUUAGAGGUUGUUGAUUUCUUUAAGAAUUCCUAUCAGCUGUUGACGGUCAAAUCAGUAAGCAACAUUGCUCAGAAUGUUUCAGUUCUGAGAAAACUUAAGGUGCCAGAGUCUUCAAUCUCUUACUAUGCGACGUGUCAGCCCUUUGUAAUGUCCCUUGAAAAAGAGAAGUUUCACCAAAAUGUCAACAAAGUCAUGAGUUUGGGAUUCCACCCUUCAACAUCAACGACGUUCAUGAAAGCACUAUUUGUGAUCUCCACUACGGAUUCAUCAAAAUGGGCACAAAAGAUGGAUUUCUAUAAAAAGUGUGGUUGGACUGAAGAUGACUUUUUGGUGGCAUUUAGUAAGAAUCCCCUCUUUAUGAACAUGACAGAGAAGAAUAUUUCUAGUAAAAUGGAUUUUAUUGUCAACAAAAUGGCUUUGGUUCAGCCUGCAGAUUUGGCUCAUUAUCCGACUGUCCUAACUUAUAGUUUGGAGAAUCGGAUACUACCUAGGGCUUCAGUUAUUAGAGUUCUCCUGAUGAAGGGCUUAAUAACAAGGGGAGAUUUUUCUUUCAACAGCUUAAUGACAUACAAUAAGAAGAAGUUCUUGGAUAAGUUUGUGGUCCCAUAUCAACCACAAGUACCUGAAUUGUUGAGCAUCUUUGCAGGGAAAAUGGGUCUUGUGGAACUGGGCAUUAGGGUUUGAGGAAAGCUAAUAAGUGUAGAAUGAAGCUUGUUAAUUUUGUUGUAAAUUUGAUGAUUAAGAGAAUCAUAAGAUCACAAACAUUUGAAGUUUUUCAGCCACAAGUUCUGCCUUGUCAAGAGUGAUAUCUAAAUGGUCAAGUGCACAGAUAUGUAUUAGUAGACUGAUUUUGUGACAUAUACUAGUUCCUGCAAAUCCUCAGAAAAGAAGUUCUAGUUGGUAUGUCUUCUCCUCCCCAGGUUUGUUAAACUAAUAUAUUUCUUGAUUUUGUUCAUGACAUAUUACUGCUGCCUGGGUUUUGCGAGAUGAGGUGGAGUUUGGGUUAGCAUUGAAAUCUGAGGUUUACUGGUUCAAGAAUGGCUUGUGAGAAGAAUUUUGAUAGUUGUAAACAAUACUAGAAGUUGGCUCAGCCUUAUUGAUGAUUCUUAUGGAAAAAAUCAGGAUGCCUGGGAUGCUACAUCAUGUUCAUAGAGAGUGCAGUUUUGCAGAUGGUCUUGCCCAUUUUGGUUGUUCUUUGCAACUGGAGUUCGUCGAUAUACUGCUCCUUCUGAUUGCAUCUUGGCAUGCCUUCAUGAUGAUCUUUCUGCUCUUUUGAGAUCUAAAUUAGUUUUACAUGUUUGAUAUGGGAAGCUGCACUUGGGAACUUUCAAAUGUUUCUAUAGUGGAAAUCAUUGUUUGAGCUUCAAAUUUUGUUUUUCUCCUGUGAAGAUGAUCAUUUUUUUCCCUUUUGUUUUACGUUUUUUGACCACGAUCUCCUCUUACUCAUCAGUCUUAUUUACUUCAUCAUGCAACCUGUGAAGGUGAUCAUGACGUCCCUUAGACUUGCCUAAUGUUAGUCUGUAUGUGUGUACAAAUUUUUGACUUGUAAUUACAGAAAUCGAUUAGGUGUGCUUGAU